GUGCAUCAAAGUGCGUGCCCUACAAGUACGGUUCAGCCAAUUUGCAAUAAAAUAGUUGUGAAAACAGCAGUUUUGCUCUUUUGUGUGGUCUGUAGAAUAUGAAUGGUGCUGUAACAAUGGGAAGCAACGAGUACAACUCCGGAAGUAACAACAACAACAGCGAGGCCUCGCCGGCACGGGAAGAAUAUCGCAAAGAACCGGAAUGUUCGCCACCACCGGCCAAGGUUUCCAAGCGGGACAAGGAACGCGAGCGUGACCGCGAACGUCGCGAGCGCCGCGAAAGAGAACGCGAACGGGAGGAGCGUGAACGUGAACCGAAAAUUCUACCGUACAUCGCGCAGCCUGUGUACGACCUGCGCCAGACGGGCGAUGUUGCGUUCGGUCCCGGCACCCGGUCGGCCCUGCUGGGCAUCCUGGGCGGCGCUCUACCCCGGCUGACAUCGGAGCAGCACGAGCUGGUAACACGGGCGAAGAAGUACGCCAUGGAGCAGAGCAUCAAGAUGGUGCUGAUGAAGCAGACGCUGGCUCACCAGCAGCAGCAACUGGCCAGCCAGCGAACCCAGGUGCAACGCCAGCAGGCAUUGGCCUUGAUGUGUCGCGUGUACGUGGGAAGCAUUUCGUUUGAGCUGAAGGAAGACACUAUCCGUGCGGCUUUUCUUCCGUUUGGUCCGAUCAAAUCGAUCAACAUGUCAUGGGAUCCGAUCACGCAGAAGCACAAAGGGUUCGCGUUCGUUGAGUACGAGAUCCCGGAGGGUGCGCAGCUGGCACUGGAGCAGAUGAACGGGGCCAUGCUUGGUGGCCGUAACAUUAAGGUGGGUCGGCCGAGCAACAUGCCCCAGGCGCAGCAGGUGAUCGACGAGAUCCAGGAGGAAGCGAAGAGCUACAAUCGCAUCUACAUUGCGUCGAUCCAUCCGGACCUGACGGAGGAUGACAUCAAGAGUGUGUUCGAGGCGUUCGGGCCGAUCGUCACUUGUAAAAUGUCCCAGGGCAACGCUGUCCACACGCACAAGGGCUACGGAUUCAUCGAGUACCAGACCAACCAGUCUGCGAUCGAAGCGAUCGCCAGCAUGAAUUUGUUUGAUUUGGGAGGUCAACUUUUACGUGUUGGUCGCUCGAUUACUCCACCUAAUGCCCUAAUGGGCCCAGCGGCCAACUCUGCCAUGCCAACCGCCGCAGCAGUCGCAGCCGCAGCAGCCACAGCAAAGAUCCAGGCGAUGGAUGCCGUCGCUACGAAUGCGGUCCUGGGUCUUUCCGCCACAACGCCCACGUUGAAGGUAGGCCUCGGCGGACUUCCGCUCAAUCCGGCAAUUACGACGGCCGCCGGUGCAGGUCUGGUUGCACACGCACAGUUAGCCGCGGCCACGCAGGCUGCCGCCGUAAUUAAUAAUCAGCCGGGACUGCUCGUACCGCCCGUUUCGACCGUCGGGCUCGCUCCUUCCCUGCUGGUGAACCCGGUUCUGGGAGCCGCCGCCAAACCCCUGCCCACAGUAUUGAGCCAGGCGAAUCCGGCCGCCGUAGCCGCAGCGGCUGCCGCAGCAGCAGCAGCAGCGGCCGCCGCUGCCGCCGCACCGAAUGCCACGGCCGAGGACGUGUACAAGAAGGCUCAGGAGAAGCAGCAGGAGGAGCUGCAGAAAAAGCUGCUCGAGGAGGGUGAACCGCAGACGCUGCAGCAGCAAGAGUCGAUGUCCAUUAAGGGCCAGAGUGCGCGGCACCUGGUGAUGCAGCGACUGAUGCGGCCGAGCAAGAGCAAGGUGGUGAUCCUGCGUAACAUGGUCGGUCCGGAGGACGUGGACGAGACGCUGCAGGAGGAGAUUCAAGAUGAGUGUAGCAAGUAUGGUGCCGUGGACCGGGUUAUUAUCUACAAGGAGCGCCAGUCGGAGGGCACCUUUGCCGAGGACGACAACACCGACAUGAUCGUCAAGAUCUUUGUUGAGUUCUCGCAGGCCACCGAAGCAGAUAGAGCCCGCGAGUCACUGAACGGUCGCUACUUUGGCGGCCGGCUGGUCAAGGCGGAGUCGUACGAUCAGGCUCUCUUUGACCAUGGCGAUCUGUCUGGCUAAAUCGGCCAUGCCGAACUCCGCGGCUGGUAUCCCAAAGCACAACUCACAGUUUCAUGGCGAAAGCUUGAGAGAUGAUGUUUGAUGGUGAACGAAGCCAAGCCAAACCGUGAUGUGACAAUGGGGUGGGAUCGCACUCGACUCAGAACCGCCGCGCAAUGGUAUCGAUUUGCCAGAUAGAUUACAGCCCCAACAUUUUUGUCACAACAUUAUUCAUCACCACAAAUGCUACGGUUCCCCACUCAACUUGAAUCCCUUUGCAAAGCGGUUAAACGAGGAUUAGAAGGGAAAACUGGUUCGUGGUAUUUCCCACAGAAUAGAAGAUGCGUACAUCCUAUUCUCAUGCAGCACGAUGGUUAGGUUUAAGUAACAGGGUGAACAGAUCCCAUAAUCCCCCCACCCUAAGCGCCGGAGUAAUACGUUAAAUGAAAAGAAACUCGUUUUCUUACUGAUCGCGUGUAGCGUAUCAGCGGUUUAUCGUGCACUUGGAGCACAAUAGCAUUGCACUUGGAGAUGAAAAUCAUAUAUGGAACUAAAUGGUAUUUGUUGAAAUAGGGCCAGGUUUUCUUGGUGAAGAGAAAUAGAUAUAAAAGGAGCAGGUGGAUGAAGCGCAAUCUCGCUACUGUAUCGGCGUCAAAUCGCCAAAGCCCCAUGUACGAUUGCGCUUAAUCCAUCGCUUCUUAACAGCAGGA